AUGCUGCAUCUUCCAAAAACCUGUCAGCCCUCUACCGGCGCAGGGGAUCUCUGUCUCAAUACCGCUGAUGGUUGUGAUGGCGGAUCAUUCAUCGCGGGUUUCUGUCCCGGAAAUAGCGCGGUACAAUGUUGUGUGAAGAAGAGCGAUACGAGCGAUAAAGAAGAUGCGGAGAAGGGGAGUGCGAGUGGGAAAGAUGUGGUGCAGGCGGCGGUUGCAAAGGAGGGGGUAAAGUAUGUUUUUGGUGGGGGUGGAUGUAAAGGAGAAUCAAGUGGAGGGUUUGAUUGUUCGGGACUAACACAAUACGCGAUCUGCAAAGCAGAAGGAUAUACCAUUCCUCGCACAGCCCAACUCCAAUACCACUCUUCCCUCGGCAAACGCAUUCCCCGCGCCCAAGCCAAAGCAGGCGAUUUUAUCUUCUGGGGCACUAACGGUGAUUGUGUGAAUAAAGUUCAUCAUGUGGGUAUCUUUAUGCGGAGUAAUUGGAUGGUCAACGCGCCGCAUACUGGAAGUGUGGUGAGAGAAAGUACGUUUGAGGGGAGUAGUGAGUUGUGUGAUUAUGCAGUGAGGUUUUGGAAGGAUUAG